AGAAUGUCAACCAAUAAAAUAAUUUGCGACCCUUGUAAAGGGGUUUGGAAAUGCUGACCCGAGACAAGGCGUCUCGAAUCAGUUCCUUAGCCGACUAAAUAUAGCCCUGUCCCCGUCCUUCUAAAGGCCUGCCAGCGCUCCAAGAGGCGACCACAGCUCCACUUUCCGUAUUGCCCUAAGAAAGUUAGAGAACUUCCAAAGUGGCAUCUGACCCGCCCCGUGACAUCACCACCCGAUCAUAAAUAAGAGAGGGACAUUGAGCAUGGUUCAGGACCACUCUCUCUCUCGGGACUCCGGCUUCUUUAUUAUUUCUUUCUGCCCCGUGUCAACUCCUUCGUCUCCGUAAUGGCUGAUGCUGCUCCCGCUGAGGCAUCCGGCGCCUCCGCUUUUUCGGCCGACCAGCUCGAGGACUUCAAAGAGGCCUUCGGGCUCUUCGACAGAGUCGGUGACAGCAUGAUUGGAUUCAACCAGGUGGCUGAUGUCAUGCGCGCCCUGGGACAGAACCCCCAGAACAAGGAGGUUGCAGCGAUCCUGGGAAAACCAUCCCCCGAUGAUAUGGCCAACAAGAGGCUGGCCUUCGCCGAUUUCAUGCCCAUGAUGGAAAAAGUGGAUAAAAUAGUGAAGGGUACACUUGAUGACUACGUUGAGGGUCUCCGCGUCUUCGACAAGGAGGGCAACGGCACCGUGUCUGGGGCUGAGCUGCGCAUCGUGCUGGGCACACUGGGUGAGAAGAUGUCCGAGGCCGAGAUUGAUUCCCUCCUUAUAGGUCAGGAGGACGAGAACGGCAGCAUCAACUAUGAGGCAUUCGUCAAGCACGUCCUGUCUGUGUAAGAUAGUGCUGCGGCAACCAAAGCUUAUCUAUCUCCCAGACCCCAUGGUGUCAGGACUGUUUUUCUAAAGACCAACCUAGGAAAGAAAAGGACUAUAAUGGGAUGUCGAAAAGCCAUUCUGUGUUUGUUUUAUUUUCCUCUGUCAACUUUUCAACUCAUCACUACUCCUCUCUACGGAGGUGACCUCUCCGCUGUCAGAUGACGACCCUCGCCUCCACCUGGGGUGGGACGGUGACCACUCAUCAAGUAGGGGAUUGUACCCUCUGCCCCGCCCACCUCAUGUCAUCAUCAUCUUGCCGGCAAUGCUGGCUGGAAAAGAUUGUGGAUCGGCCGCCAAGCCCCUCCCCCAUCAGUUAUAUUUAUUUUCACUCUGCCGUUUCAGAAUAAACUUUUCCAAAAGUACAUCCCCCA